AUGUGGCGCGGCACACCGGAGGGAGAAAUCCCCGGAAGUGACUGUUCUCAAAGCGGGGUAAGCAGCAUCCCAGACGGGGAACCAUUCCGCUGGGAUCUGGGCAAGCGCGCAGGCGGGAUCCUGGGGGUGGGCCCACCAGUUCGUGCGGGAAACGCCCACCCAGUGCCCGCGAGCGGUGCCAAGCACCGGAGGGAGAAGUCCCCGGGAGGAAGUGACUGGUAUCCGAGCACGGAAAGCAGUGUCCUAGCCGGGGACCCGUCCCGCCUGGAUUUUGGGGAACGGGGGCAGAGCGUGAACGCGCUAUUUUGUGACAGUAAAAACUCAGCGCAUGCCACAGAGGGGCUGGAUUGGGAAGACAAAGAUGCCCCAGGGACAUUGGUUGGAAACGUGGUGCACUCAAGGAUCAUCAAUCCCUUACGCCUGUUUGUUAAACAGUCUCCGGUGUCCAAGCCUGGUCAACUGGCCUAUGCAGACAGCGUGGAAAACUUCUGGGACUGGUUGGCCAAUAUCACAGAAGUUCAGGAGCCACUGGCAAGAACUAAACGGAGGCCAAUAGUGAAAACCGGAAAAUUUAAGAAAAUGUUUGGAUGGGGCGACUUUCAUUCCAACAUUAAAACUGUCAAACUCAACCUUCUCAUCACGGGAAAAAUUGUCGACCAUGGAAAUGGAACCUUCAGUGUUUAUUUUCGACAUAAUUCAACAGGCCUGGGCAAUGUUUCAGUGAGCUUGGUACCCCCUUCCAAAGUGGUGGAAUUUGAAGUUUCCCCCCAGUCUACCUUGGAGACCAAGGAAUCCAAAUCUUUCAAUUGUCGCAUUGAGUAUGAAAAAACAGAUCGGGCGAAGAAGACUGCCCUGUGCAACUUUGACCCUUCGAAGAUCUGCUACCAGGAGCAGACUCAGAGCCACGUCUCUUGGUUGUGCUCCAAGCCCUUCAAGGUCAUUUGUAUUUACAUUGCCUUUUACAGUGUUGAUUAUAAACUUGUGCAAAAGGUCUGUCCUGACUACAAUUACCAUAGUGAGACUCCGUACUUAUCUUCUGGCUGACUCUUUACACAAUGAUGGAAAUGAGGCACGUGUAUAUAGUUAGAAUGCCCAGGUACCAAGCCCAGCUCUUCAGAGUAAAGGAUCCCUUUUGUUUCUGGCAGUGAACCUUAGUUCCCCAUUAGGUUUUCAGAUUUAAA